AUGCUGCCGCCAUCGUCUUCUCGGGUUCGUUUUACUCGCACACGUUUUUCACUCAUGUUGCCUUGGAUCAAGAUGAAUGGCCUGGGAUGCUUCACAGGUUUCAAUCGCUCGCAAUGCCCAAUACCAGUGGCCAGAGUGACCAGACUCCCAGAGCAGGUCUUCGUACCGCUAAGCAGCGCCGUGCGUGCUGAUGCCAUCCAUGAUCCCGGCGCCAUUACCCCUGCCCCCGUAUCCCGGUUUCGACCAGUUUCGGGCAGGUCGAGCUGCAAAGGAAAACAAUCCACCACCCAUUCGUUCUCCAUCUGCCCUUGUCCGUCGACGGUUUGCCGGUUCCAGGCCAGGGCCUAUGAAAUGGCAUUCCAAACCAGACAUCUUGCCCAGGUAUUCCUACACUAA